UCAUCCUUCACCGUCCCGCCCGAACUACACAAUUGCUUGACCCAAACCGGGCCCGCCAUAGGCGAAGCGUUAUAGGAGCUCGCCGCCUACGCAGAUACGGGGGUUCAUUAACGCCGCCCGGAGAUGGUUAAGUGAUUUAAGCAUUGCCGAUCCACUGAAAACAUGUCAUCCGUCAAGCGUCUGGUGUAUGCAAUCAUCCAAUUCUUAAGAGAGCAGAGUCAGCGGGAUGUGUACACGGCAGAUGAACAAGAAAGUUUAGAAGUUGCAGUACAGUGUUUGGAGACUGUUUUUAAAAUCAGUCCUGGUGAUGUACAUCUUUCUGCACCCAACUCCUUGGAAGAAUUAUUUUCACAAGCACAUUUUAAGAACGAUGAAUUGACACCGGCAGAAUCCCCUUCAGUCUCCCCAGCCGACAUAGAAAAGGCUGAACAGCUAAAAGAUGAAGGUAACAAUUACAUGAAGGAGCAGAACUAUGAAGCUGCUGUAGAGUGUUACUCACAGGCAGUUGAGUUGGACCCAAACAAUGCGGUAUAUUACUGCAACAGGGCUGCCGCACAUAGUCAGUUAGGUCACCAUGAAGAUGCAAUAACAGACUGUGAAAAAGCCAUAUCAAUUGAUGAAAAAUACAGCAAAGCCUAUGGGAGAAUGGGACGAGCCCUGGCAGCCCUAAAUAAAUACAAAGAAGCAAUCAGCAGCUACCAGAAAGCCUUGGAUCUAGAUCCCGAAAAUGAAUCCUAUAAGUCCUAUCUGAAGAUUGCAGAACAGAAAGUCAGACAAGUCCCCAGUCCUACAAGUGCUGGAUUUGAUAUGGCAAGUCUCAUGAAUAACCCAGCCUUCGUGAGCAUGGCAGCCAGCUUGAUGCAGGAUCCACAAGUGCAACGACUGAUGUCUGGAAUGAUGUCCAAUGCUGGAGGGGGUCCCGCAGCUGGUGUUGGAGGGCUAACAGACCUCUCAGGUCUUAUACAAGCUGGACAACAGUUUGCACAACAGAUUCAGCAGCAAAACCCUGAACUGAUACAACAACUUAGAAACCAUGUGCGAAGUCGAUCUUUCAGUGGGACCACCGAAGAGCAUUCAUGACAUUGCACAGGUGGUUAUUCACACAUGGGACACUAACCGACCACUGAACACGUUAACAAAAGUGGCUGACAGAGCUGAGCUUCCGUCAGGUAGCAUCCCUGAGUUCGCUCCAUUGUCACACACAUGCAGCUACAGCAGAGCAUGGGAACCUGUAGUACAUCAUAUGGCGAGAUCCAUAUAGGAGAGGAAUCUGCCAAAACCUCCAUACUAUCUUCAUUUUUAUGUAUGUUUUGUUGUAAAUGAAAUAUUGAUAUAUAGUAUGUUCAAAGUUCUGUUUUUCUUGUAACAUACAGAUCAUGAAAUAACUAAAGAUGAAAAGCUUCCAGUGUAUUUUGUACCGUUGUCUCACAAUGUUCUUAUUUACAGUGGACAGACAAUAGCGGUUGAUAGAAAUCUUAUUGUACAUCAUCUUCACUCUCCCAGUGUGAGAACAGUACUGGAAUUGUAACAAUUGCUGUUUAAGAACUAUUUCUAUUCAGUAUUAUGCUGCUAAUUUUUUUGUUAGGUCAAUCAGCAUUCAGGCCUGAUUCACACCUAUGCAGGUUGCAAUUUGCACAUUGCAGGUACAUUUAGCAUUUUUCAAUACACAUUUUUGAUCCAUUGAAGUCUAUGGAACCAAAAACCAGAAAAAAAAAUCCCUGGCUAUUUCCAUAAAAUACAGAUAAGAACUACUGUAACAUCCAUAGGAAACCAUGUUAAAUGGAUUGUAGUCCGUUUCUGCAACACUGAAAAUGCACUAAAAAUUGCAUAAGUGUGAACCAGGCCUUAAGGUACUCAUAGCCUUAGAAUUUUGCCGUAAUUUCUAUGUGGUUUCAUUAGCUAUUUCAUGAAAAUCCUGUCUUUCAACACAUAAGGAUUAAGUCCUCGAAAUGUAUGAAUUAUUUCAUUUAUGUUCAUUAUUUUAUUUCAAAAUACCUUCAAUAAACAAUUUGAUUCACAUA